AUGGAUUCUCUAGCUCAAGAUUUCUCCAAUCAGAUCAACUUCGAUGAAGAAAAAGUCGACGAUAAUAAUAAUGAAGUGAAGAUUGAUGAUCAAGAAGAAGAAGAAAAUGAUUAUGAGGACGAAGAUGAAGAUGACUUUUCUUUUGUUUUCGACGGGGUUGAAAUGGCCGCCGAAGAGACCCGUCUGGUUUUUCCGUUGUUUAACACAGAUCUUCUGUUGACCGACAGGCCGCCGGUCAAACAUGUUUACGCGGCGACAAGGAACGAGAAUCUAGUGGAAACGGCGGCGGCGUCUUCUUCAGGGGACGACGCCAUCGCCGGGCCUUGCUGCGAGUGGUCGGCGGCGGCGAAGAAGAGCAACUCGACGGGGUUUUCGAAGCUUUGGAGAUUUAGGGAUUUGGCCCACCGGAGCAACAGCGACGGGAGGGACGCGUUUGUGUUUUUGAACGCGGCGGAGAAGAAAAUCGGCGGCGGCGGAGUCAAAGUCAACGGCGGAGAAAUUAACAACGUAACGGCGGCGCAGCAGCAGCAGCAGAAGAAAAAGAAGAAUAAUAAGAAUGUAACGGCGUUGGCUCACGAGCGUUACUUGAGAAGUAAGGCGAAGGACGAAGAGCGACGGCGAUCCUACCUUCCUUACCGACCGGAGCUUGUUGGGUUCUUCACCAACGUUAACGGCGGCUUAACGAGAAACGUACACCCAUACUAA